AAUCUUGCUACUUUUUGCACCCUAAUUAAUCUCUGUUUAUUGCAUCAUGAAGGAAUUAUUGGUUUACAGAUAUGUCUUUUUAUUUUUAAUGUUUUAUACACAUAUUCAGAGUCAAAAGAUUCUCUCGGAAAAGAAAAAGUGUGGCGAUCCUCAAUGUGAAAGUUUGAUGAUGAGAGCUCAAGCCAAUCAAGAUUACAAUGGACCUGACUGCAGAUUUCUAAGCUUCAAAUCAGGCGAUGAAAUUAACGUGUAUUACAAAUUGUCAGGAAAAAGAGAAGAUCUGUGGCAGGGAAGUAAGGGAAAAUCAUAUGGCUUUUUCCCCAAAGAUACUGUCAAUAUUGAAGAGGUUUUUCUAAAAGAAGAAGUAGAGGUCUUUGCUCAGGAAAUUGAUUUCAUUUGUCUGGAUGGAGGUGAAUAUGUUUUUGAAAAUGAGGACAGUGUGCUGCAUAAACCCAAAGAAAAUGAAUAUUCUGAUAUAUAUCUGGAAAGGACAGACCAUGAAAUUGUAGGAAAACAAGAUCAAGAAAUUAAAGGAAAUGCACAAGUUGAGGCCACUCUUCAGGCCUCUGAACAUAACGUUGCAGAAUCUGACCUGGACAAAUCCACCUGGACUGUUUCUGGUAUUGGAAGCUGGUUUGGCAUAGGAAAAACAGAAGAUAAAGAAGCAGCUAAAACUGCUGAAGAACCUUUAAAAGAAGAUACAUUCCUGGGACGGAAAAUUACAGUAACUGAAGAAACUGGUUUUGAAGAUGCAGGUGAUGAGCAGCCUGAAGAGAAUGGCUGGUUCAGUGGUCGAUUUACACAAUUCCUUCCUUUUGGGGCAAAAGAGUCAGAAAUUGAAAAGAACAGUGAUAGCCUAAAACGCAGUAGCAACAUUGAAAUUGAUGCUGUAGGUCAAGAGAAUUAUGCAUCAGAGAAGGAAGAGUCUAUUCUAGAAGCAAAACAUGAACCAAAAGACCAAGAUGACUCUCAGGCAAAAUGGUUUAACUUUGGUUUUAAAAAUAUGUUAGGAUUUGGAGACAAAAAUAAAGACAAACAAGACUUCCAUGAGACAUCAGAAGAAACAAUAAAAACUAAAUCACCAGAUGACGUUCCUUUAAAUAGAAAUGCACAGGGGGAGAAAACAGAUGUCUUUGGUACUGAUUCAGAACAGCCUGAUAAAUUAAAAGAAAUAACUGACGCAAAACAAGAAGUUAAUCCAGAGAAUAUCUCUCUAAAUAAAACAACAGAAAAAGGUGGGUCUGAUGCUACUGAGAUAUCUAACCAUUUAAAUAGUAUAAACUUAGAAGAUAGGGAUCCAUUGUCUGAUCAUUUGAACAUGAAAUCUAUAGAGAGUUUGACCACUGACCCUUCUAAAAUUUUAGAUAAUCUUUCAAAUAAGGAGACACAAUUGCAAGAUAAAAGUGAACCAGUUAAUCUAGGUGUUUCCUCUGAUACAGUUGAUCAUAAGGCACUGCCUUGGUUUAAAUCAAUCUUGACAAAUUAUAUAAACUUUAAGGAAAGUAACAGUGUUGAAUUAAGGACAAACCAAGAUCAAUCAGACCUAACAGACAGUUUGCAUGAAAUUCAGACUCCAGAUUCAGAAGACACAAAUUUUGACAAAGUUAUUGAAGAAAAUAGAGACCCUAUUGUUAUACAUUCUAUUAACGGUAAAGACGUUAUUUUAAGUAAAGAUAUAAAACAUAGUGAGGAAACUAUCUUGUAUGAGGAAAAAUUGGCAUCUGAAAAAGAAUCAAUACAUUCUUUAGUUGACAAUGAACAUACUAUAGACAAUAUAAAUAUUAAGGACUUUGAGCAAGAAAAGUUUUCCCAGGAAAAUGACCUUUCAGUUAUAACCAGUAAUACAGGUUCUUCACAAGAACCCAAAGAACAUAAAAAUAUGCAAGAAAAAAAUUCAGAAAAACACAAUAUUGAACUUAAUGUGUCUGCCAUCUCUAAUGAACAAAGCAAUGUAAACCAAAUUGAUGAAUCAGCAAAGCGACAAAAUAAUCCAAUAGGUAAUAAUGAUUCUACAAAUGUUGGUGGUUUUCAUUUAAGUCAGUUAGAUGUCAUAGACUCUGAGAAGAUGGAUGAAGACACACUUGGAACAAAACAGGACAUAUCUGAAGUAAAAGUUAGUAAUCAUAAAGGGGACACCUUUACUUUGAGACCUAUGAUGAAUAAAAUCAAAGAAAUAAGUGACUUUGAGGAAAGUGGAAUAAAUGAAAAUCCAAUGAAGAGAUCUGAAAUUGAUUUAGAGGAAAAACAUGUAAAUACGAUGUCAAAUAUAGAAGUAGUUUCAGAUAUGUCCAAAAUAAAUACACAAGAGGUUUCUACUGCUACAACAGGUAAACCCUUUGAAAGUAUAUGUCUUGAGUGCAAAACUGAUGUAACUAGUGUUUUCAAAGAGAAUGGGUUAAAUUAUAUUAAUUUACCUAAAGAACUAUUAGAGACAUUUCAAAUGGAAGAAGAAGAAGAGUAUAUUGCUUUUAAAAAGACAGAACGGCAACCAAUACACACAAGGGCAGAUAAAGAAACAUUGGAUCUAUCUCUAGAGCACAGAGAUAUUCAUGAGCAAAAAUCAUACACCAAAUCUGAAAAGCCUUCAGCAUCUAGUUUUCUGUCAUUUUCAGAUGUGGUUCUAUUUUGGGAGACAACAUGUUCAAAAGUUGUUGCAGUUUACACAAAACUUGAAACUCCAGACCUGUCACCAUUGAUAGCCAUGAUUCACAAGGUUGCGUCAUAUUUGCCUGAAGAUAUGCAGCCUGGAUCACAUUUUUAUGGACACCCCUGGGACGUGGUGAUUUUUACUGUUGUUCUGGGAUUUUUUAUAUUGUUGUUAUUUACGUGCCGAGCUGUCAAAGCUAUUAAAAGUAGAGGUUAUGCAAGAAGAGAAAGUAAAUAUGUUGCUAAAGUUGCUGAACUUUUGGAUAAUAAAAGUGAGGUGCUCAAGAAACUCAGUAUUGUCAAAAAAGAGUAUGAUGAACUACAGCUGUCUUUGCAGGACUCGGGUCAUCAGAAAUUACUUUCAGAAAUAUCAGAUCAAAAGACUUUACAGGAAAAUCUUGAGUCUACAAAUUUAGACUUGGAGGAGAACAUUCGUAGACUGGAACAUGCUUUUGAGGAAGAGAAAAGGUUUAGCUCAGAGCUAGAUGAUGAGCUUGCUGAAAUGAAUGCCACAAUAAGAACCCUGGAAGAAGAAAUAAACAAUGGAAGUUCUCAAAAAGAAGAGAUACGUACUACGCUAAAGGUGUUUGAGAUUAACCAAGAGAGAAUCGAGACCUCCCUCCAAGAUAAUAUAGAAGAAAAUAUUCAGCUCCAGGAAAGUAUUAAGCAGCUUUCUAAUGAAGACGAAGGUUGGGAAGAAAGAUUUAGUGAAUUAUCUGAGAAUUCAAAAAUGCUGAGUUCAUCUGUGGAUGAAAUGCGUGAAGACCUGACUAAUAAACAGAGUCAAAUCAAGUUGUUAAUUGAUAGCUUACUGAAGAUGAAAGAUUGGAGCUCUGUGUUGGAUGAAGUUGAUGAGUCAGAUGAUAGUUCUGUCCCUAGUAUAAAUAUGGACUUUGAAAAUGGAGAGCCUUUGGGUGAUCCUCAAAAAAGAACAAUAAAGAAGCUGAUUGUCGCAGCCAUGUUAAAUGCAUCUUUAAGAACUGUGGAGACUGAAAAGAAACAGCUGUAUGACAAUCUAACUGAUGAAAUGAAAGCAAAACAACAGCUUUUUGAGUGUAUUGAAAACCUUCAGAACACAAAACAUUCCCUGUCCUUAGAGAAGGAGAAGCUAGGAAGUGAAGUAGAGGAGCUGAAGCAGAAAAUGAAUGUAAUGUCUGAGAAGCAUGAAGAGAGUGAAACAAAACUUCACAGAAAGCUCACUGUGCAGGAAAAGCAACGUGUUCAGAAAGAAGAGAAACUGUCCAAAGUAGAUGAAAAGUUCAGUUUAGCUGCUGAGGAGCUGCUCGCUAUCAAGACAAGAGUAAAGGAGCUGGAAGAGGAAAUGGAAAAGACCGUCUGUUCGUACAGAAACCAGGUAUCCUCUUAUGAAAAGAAAUCUCAUGACAACUGGAAUGGUUACAAUUCCAGUGGAGAUCCAGUUGAGAUUGCAGGGAAUGUAUUAACUGAAGCAGAUUACAAGCUUAAUUUACUCGAGAAGGAUCCAUAUGCCUUGGAUGUGAUACACGCAAUUGGCAGAGAGAAUUCACCAUUUGGACCUUCUCCAGUUGGCAGAAUUCAGGAUAACAGAACUUUUCUCUCCCCACCAACCCUAAUGGAAGGUCCCCCUAGGCAUUCUCCAAUGAUCCCUGGAGCAGAUGGAGGUAUGAGACCACCAGGAUAUUACCCAGGAUAUCCUGGUACCAAAGAACAAAUGGACAUAAUUGCUGACCGAAAAACAGAUCACCACCGCACCCUUUCAGACUCUGGUUCCCUAUCUCCUCCCUGGGAGAGAAAUCAAAAAAUCAACUUUCCCCCAUCAGGCUUGUCCUACCAAGAACACCCUUUUCCACCGAGAAGGCCAGAACGUUUUUAUCAGUAUCCAGCACCUUCUGGAAGAUUUUCAGGCCCAGCAGAACUCACUAGAAAUCAAGGAAAACCUUUCAUGGAUGAACCAGAAGGACGGUCCUCCCCAGAAUAUAAAGCAAGAGUAAAUACAAGUAGAAAUGGAUCGGAAGAAAAUGAAACUUUGCCUAGUCAACCAUAUCUAAAUGAAGGUCAAACAGUUGACGGUCAACAAGUUUUCCAUGGAGUUCUUCCACCUCCUCAAAUGAGAAUUCCGUUGCUACCAAUGGAGCCAAGAGGACCUUAUUUCAGAAGACCGUUUCCAAUACCACCACCUCGAAUGGAUAUGUUUAGACCACAAGACUAUCCUGGCUUUCCCCCAAUUCUUGGCCCAUUGAGAGGUCCAAACCCCCUGCACCAUUAUCCUCCCCAGAUGCACAGGGACCCAUUUUUUCCUCCCCAUCAUUUAAGACCACCACCCCCAAGAAGUGAAUACCCACCUCAUCCAAUUACUCAACCUCCGGGCGAUGAUAACGAUAAGUUGCCAGAGCCAAAAACUUGAUGCAACAUUGCUAACUUGUUUUUUUGUUUAACCUUUAUUUAGCUUUUUUGUUACUUAAUUAAAACAUGUAUGCCAUUGGUUCAGGUUGAAAAUAUUUUAGCAAAAUGAUUUCUAUAAAAUGAGAAACUGGGAAUAAUUGAUACUCCCAUUAAGCAUUUGUGAUAUUUUUCUGUUUUAAUUUAUGAAAUUGUUAUAGAAAAAAAGGUUUUGUUUUUUUAGAGAUAUGUCUAAGAAUUGCUAUGCAUGAUGCAAACAGAUCAUUUGAUUUUGGAAAAUAACAUGGAAACCUUGUAGCAUAAGUUAAUAAAUCUAUUUUUAUAAAAAAAAA